GUUUACGAAACUUGUAACAAGCAACACUGUAUUUUGUCUUUUAAAAAAAAUUGAGAACUGGGAAAAAUUUUUGUGACAUGGCUGGGAACAAUGCUGAAGACGUUGAGGGUUCAGCAGGCGCUGAUUGUAAAACUAACAGUACUGCAGAGGUUCCUCCCGAGUUCUUGAUUAAACAUCCUCUCCAAAAUACCUGGAGUCUUUGGUUCUAUGACAAUGACAGAACGAAAUCAUGGGAAGAGAACCAGAUUGAGUUAACAACAUUUGAUACAGUGGAAGAUUUCUGGAGACUGUACCACCACAUAAAAUUACCCUCAGAACUCCGUCAGGGUCAUGAUUAUGCUGUAUUCAAACAAGGCAUUCGUCCUAUGUGGGAAGAUGAUGCGAACAAAAUGGGUGGCCGAUGGUUGAUAAGCCUGGAGAAGAAACAACGUAACUCAGAUUUGGACCGAUUUUGGUUAGAUGUUGUUCUUCUAUUAAUUGGUGAAAAUUUUGAGCAUGCGGAAGAAAUUUGUGGAGCAGUUGUAAAUGUCAGGCCAAAGUUUGACAAAAUAGCUAUUUGGACUGCAGACACUUCUAAGCAACAAGCUAAUCUAGAAAUUGGAAGAAAACUAAAAGAUCAACUGGGUAUUCACGGAGUUAUUGGCUUCCAGCUUCAUAGAGACACCAUGGUCAAGCACAGUUCCGCUACCAAGAAUCUUUACACUGUUUAGUCACUAUAAAUUAUUUGUAUACAAAAUGCAAUGGCAGACAGCAUAACUGAAACAGAUUUUAUUGGCUGGUUUUGUAGCUAGUGAUAAAGUCGUAAUACAUACUGCACUCUGUCAUUGCAUUAGAAUAAAAGUUUUUAUUUAACAGAAGUAGUAUUUACGUUGACGUUUCAUGUUUAUCUUAAGAGAGUUUAUUUUUACACUCUCGUGAUGAAUUCUAUGCUAAAGUAAAAUGGAAGUCUGAAGUUUGUACUGAAGCUGUGCUUAAGUAUGUUUGUUGAGGUCACAUAGAUGUAAGUAUGUAUUCAUACAAAACUAAUAUCAAUAUUUGUAUCCGAAGAUCUACUGAGUUUUACUUCAUAUUUUUUAUUUAACCAGCACCUAUAGUUAUCAAGGCAGUGAAUUGUUGCACUUUAUAAUCUGUCUAACAUAUGGUAACAUACAUCAUUUUAAAAUUGUUGUUUGUGUCUGUCUGUGAAGAAAUAUUUUUGGUAUUUCAUAUAAAAAUUACUAAAAUAA